CAAACAGCUGCAUUACAAAAAAUUAAUUUGAGCGCGUAAGUCAAUAGCAUCUUUUGAGCAUACAAUUCAUUCAGUACGAACAUUUCAUUAAAACGUCUAAAAACUAACACAAUAUGCCCCCGAAAAGGAAAAGAGGAGCCACUAGUGUGGAUGCUUCUAAAUCAUCAGCUACCAAAAAAUCCAAGGCAUCAGAUGAACCACCGAAAUUAAAGAAAAACUUUCCAGUUCUUUAUGUAGAAUGCUGUCGUUCCUGAUCCGUGUUUAAAAGACGGGCAGAAGCAUUGCACCGUGAGAUUGUUAAUUUGUUAACCCCUCUAAAAUCUAAUAUAGAAUUACAGUUGUGUGUUAAUUCCGAUGGUCCUCCGAGAAGAGGUGCAUUUGAAGUAGCCAUAUCAAUGGAACCCUCCGAUGACGUUGACCAGCGCAAUCUCAUUUGGACGGGUAUAAAGCGCACUCCACGAGCACAAAAAUUCCCAGCUGCUGAAGACAUGGCUGAAGUUAUAAAGAAGCAUCUUAAGCUUGUUUCCUCCGACGUAUCACCUUUGAAGCAGGAGGAGUCUGAACAAGACGAACCUGACGCUAAGAUAUCCACAAGUGAUGAGGAGAAGCCACAAAAGAGCUCGUAUUCUAAAGGUGGAAGGUCAAAGAAAUAAUGCCAUUUCGUAAGCCAUCGGAUAUAAUUUUCCAAAGCAAGGCAUAAUUUGUCAAUGUUUUUUAGUUCAUUUUUGCCAUAUUUAGCACUUAUGACUUUGUUAGUGGUAAAACCUUUUGGAGCCCUCUCAAACGAACCUUUUGCUAAUGACGAAAAUAUUAUAAAACACUGGGAAUUAUGAAUUCUUUGGAAAUAUCUAUAGAAAUUAAGUUGCUCUCAAUAAGCAGAAUAAAUAUCUUUUAUAAACAAUA